CUGAUCUUAGCUGGUUGGCCAGAACCAAAGGAAGUGUAUGCUGCUCUUCCCCUGCUUUUAACCGUACACACUAAUGCAACCAGCUUCUAAACGUUAGCUUAUAUAUUGCAAAGCAUCUUCGGCUGAAUCCUUCACUUACAAAUUCACGUUAAGACUGAAUGGUGACAACAUGAAGAUGAAAUCUGCCAAGAAGAAAGCAAAGAGAGCAGUGAAACAACAGCAUGAAAUCCCAGUGAAAACAGAAAAUGAAUCAGAGGAGCAGGGUGAUUCAGAGGAAACUUCUCAUGAAGUACACACGAAUGGAGGUGGUCUUAAUAUCCAGAUAAAGGAGGAACCACAUUCACAGGAGAUCAGCGAGGAGCACGGUGGAGACACAUCCAGCUAUUUAGACACUAAGCCUGAUAUUCUGACAGCUGCUCAUAAUCCACAAGGUCACAUAAAGGCAGAGUGUGACUCUGACCAUCAGCCAGAAUAUGAAUCCACUGAAGCUGCUGUCAAGGAGGAAUCAGAGGCAUGGGUUAAAAAAGAGAGAGACGAUGAAGAGGAGGCAGAGGAUGCUGGCAACAACCCAGAGGAUUUUGAAGAGGGAGAGGAGCUCUGCAGAGAAUCAUCAUCGGAGUUUUUUCCAUGUCCUCACUGCACCGUCUCCUUCACUGACUUGGACUUCUUGGAGAAGCAUGUGAAGUGGGUUCAUCAGAAGCAGUAUCUUGCUAAUCUGAAAAAAUGCCUCUCAAGCCGCACACUAAACCUCAUCCCCAAACACACCUGCACGGUCUGCAGCAGCACCUUCACCUCUAAAGUAUACCUUAGGAAACACAUACGUGAAGUCCACCCUUCUGCCCCUCCCCGCAGACUUCAUCCAUGCCCGACCUGUGCACGCAGCUUCCAGUACCUGAAGAAUCUGAAGAAUCACUGCCAGCGCUGGCACAACAUGUCUGUGGUUACCAGAGGAGGACAUCUCAGUUGUGCUGAUUGUGGGAAGAGUUUUAAAGCUACGUGGGGUCAAGGGCCUCAUUUAUGUCAUGAACCAGAUAACACGGAAUCUGAGGACAAACCAAUCUGUCUGGACAUUGGUGUACAGUGUCCAGAAUGUGGCAAGAAGGUGCGCACGCCUCAGAGUUUGGAGGAUCACAUGCGCACCCACACAGGUGACCGGCCAUUCGUCUGCAAGGAUUGCGGCAGGAGGUUUGUGGAGCGCAGUGGCUGGCGGCAACACAUGAAAAUACACACAGGGGAGAAGCCAUACAAAUGUCAGGUAUGCGAGAAGGCCUUUAUACGAUCGCACCACCUCAAGUGUCACUUAACCACACACUCGGGCAAGAAGGAAUAUUCUUGCUCUGAAUGUGGAAAGGAGUUUGGAUUCAAGUCCAGUCUGGAUCUUCACUUGAGGACGCAUUCAAAUGAGAGACCCUACCACUGCAAUGUGUGUGGAAAGAGCUUUAACACUCAAAGAAACCUAAGGGUUCACACCAAACUUCACACCAACGAGAAAGCUCACCAGUGUGGUGACUGUGGGUUGAAGAUAGGAGAUCUCGGGGCUCUGAAAAUACACUUACGGACACACACUGGAGAACGACCUUACCACUGCACAGUCUGUGGCAACAGGUUCAUUCGCCUUGCACAUCUGAGAAAUCACCAACGCACCCACACUGGUGAGAGACCCUACAAAUGCAAUGAAUGUGAUAAGAGUUUCACUCAGUCUGGUGACUUGGUCAAGCAUAAGAGGAUACACUCUGGGGAAAAGCCCUUUGAAUGUCCAGAGUGCCACCGCCGAUACACUUCCUCCGGUGAUCUGGGCAAGCACCGGAGAAGCCACACUAACUUGCGUCCCUACACGUGCCAGGAAUGCGGAAAAAGUUUCCGCUUGUCCGGCCAUUUAAAAACUCACAUGUUAACUCACACAGGGGAGAAGCCAUACUCUUGCCCCAACUGCCUACGUAGGUUUGCUCGUUCUCACCAUCUCUCUGGGCAUGUGGCUAAAUGUCGCUGAGAUUACCUGAGAUGACUGUAAAUAAGAAAGUCCUGAUUUAAAGCAUCAGUUAUAGUAGCUGUACACAGUCUACAGCUGUUUUUUUUUAAUGAAUGUUUUAAAGUAUAAACUCCCAUCUGUAACAAAUUAUUUAUAUGAACUUUCUGUAAACCUCUUGACUCAACUUAUUGUUUUAACUUAUGAGAUGUUAAUUGAAUAAAUGUGCUACUGCAUGGAACUUAUAUGAUGUUGUCCAGGUUAACUCUAAACUAGUUUUGUAUGACACUAAUUGAGGCUUGAGUGACAUAUUGUGAGGUAGAGAUCAGUGAGCAAUGAGUUUUUGUAACUGUUGAAUGCUGAAUUAUCUGUACAAACAUAUAAUAAAUGAUAUGAUGAAUGCAUAAAAA